AUGAUUACCCGGAAAACUCUCCAUUUCCUUUCCCGUCAAUUAACCUCCUUUCUCCGUCCUUCAUCGAUUCUCCAAUCCCUCCCCUCCCGUCUCGCUCUCCCCACAACAACUACGACUACAACCACCCCUCUCCGACAAUUCACAACCACCCCACCCCUCUCCGCCACCUUCUCCCAAGUCCUCCGAGGCUGUCGUAAGAAGAAAAAGGACUAUAACCGAAAACCCGUCUCUCCACAACUCACAAACCGUCCAUCGAUGAAAGGAGUCUGUCUGCGUGUCGGUAUCGUCAAGCCAAAGAAACCAAAUUCAGGAGAAAGAAAGAUUGCAAGAGUUAAAUUGUCUUCGGGCAAUGUGAUUACGGCGUAUAUUCCUGGUGAGGGGCAUAAUAUUCAGACACAUUCGGUGGUUAUGGUUAGAGGUGGGAGAAGUCAGGAUUGUCCUGGUGUGAGGUAUCAUUUGGUUAGAGGUGCUUAUGAUUUGGGUGGUGUACCGAAUCGUGCGACUUCGAGGUCGAAGUAUGGAACAAAGAAGACCAAGACGGACUAG